GGGCUGCACCCAUGGCAUAUGAAACUUCUUGGGCUAGGGGUCUAAUUGGAGAUAAAGCUGCCAGCCACAGCCACAGCAAAAAUCCGAGCCACAUCUGCCACCUACACCAUAGCUCAUGGCAAUGCUGGAUCCUUAACCCACUGAGCAAGGCCAGGGAUCAAACCCACAACGUCAUGGUUUCUAGUGGGAUUCGUUUCUGCUGUGCCAUGACAGGAACUCCUAAGGAAGCCUCUUUCAGUUUUCCAAAACCAGUACAAAAGCUGUUAUAUCUAAAACAACUGUUUGACUAGUAAUCAAGUCAUGACUUUUUUGAUUCUAACUUGUUCCUGGACACUCUUUUUAACCAAGAUUUGGGCUUUAUUCUCUCCAGUCUUUGUUCCAUAAAGUGAGCUAUUUGCUUCCGAAUGGCAGAGCUGGAUGGGGGACAUCUUAGCAUUUGAUUGGUUGGCUUUUAAGGGAUUACUUCUCUGGAAAGGCACUGUCCCAUAUUAUCACAUUGCUAGCAGUGUGGAUUUAGUUGUGAUCAAAUUUUUAAAUUGAAGAUGAACAUUUACCACCAAAGAGGACAUAAACUUCAUGACUCCUGUGUUAUAUAGAUUCCUAUACAUCAUAUUGGUUUAAUGUGUUUGUGAUGAAGAGCUCUGUUUUAAAACAACCUUAAAUACCACAUCCAGAAAUAGGAACUGACUCUGGCAAAGAGGUUAUUCGGGGUCCCAAUAUGUUUAAUAACGAAGUCAAUACAAUUUUAAAAAGAAUAAAUUCCAACUACACAAAUGGACUUUAAUAAGAUUAACAAAACUGAGGAAGACUGAUACGUCAAUAAGUCAACAAGUAUAUAUAACAUACCCAGAUGAAAUAAAACAAUGACUUCCCAUUUUUAUCUUGCAUUUCCCAGCUACUUAAGAGUAAACAUGAUCACUUUUCAAAUCCCACUUAAUAUUUUAUCUGAAAGAAGAAUUUACUGAGUAAAAUGCUUAGCUUCAGGAUCUCACAUUUGCAAUCCAUCAGGUUACAAUAUUAGUUACCACUGUUUCUUCCCUCGGUGUAAGCAUUCUAUAUGUGACUUUUACUUACAUUCUGCCACUUUUUAUUUCUUCCUAACUUUUAUAUGCUCAAGAAUGAAACUGUAUUGGUGUUACGUAACAUCUCAAAUUUGCAACAUACAUAUUGGUGUAUCUCACUUGAACCUACAUCCCUGAAAAAUAAACACAAUGUAUCCAAAAGAACUACCUCGGAGUGUAUGAGGAGGAAGAGCGUAGCUGUGUAGAAAUAAAAGAAUGGAAAAACAGUUUUGUGGAGAUGUAUCUGUCCUUGUUGACAACAAUCCCCAUGAUUUAUUAACAGACACAGGCAGCCAACUUAGUACACAACAAGGUCCUAGCACGGAAGUUGGUAAUCAAGUGGGAAUUAAGGCUUUAAGGUCUCUUACAACCAAUGUGAUUCAAAAAAAAUCCAAAGCAAGCAAACCGUACAACUUGGAGAAAGUGCUCCAAACAGAGCUUCUUUGGCAACCCAAAUUGAACCAAAUGACUCAGGUGGACGAUUAAAAUAAACUGUGCGCCGUUUUAUUUCACCAGGUCAAUAAAGCCCAUAAAUUAUUUUUGGUCCAGAAAACCAGGAGUUACAAGCACCUUCCUUUUCAUUUAUUUAAAAUAUUCAAUAUAUUCAGUAUCAAUUUUUAGUCCCUGCUCUUCAUUCACUUAUUGACUAAGAUCCUGUGUGCCUUUUGGUGAUCAUUCCUUCCAAGCUAGUAAAACAGCAAACUGAAAUGCCCCUCCAUGCAGAGGGUCGAGACCGAGAGGUUAAGUCACCCAAAGGUGGACGCACCUUGCUUUUUAUUUACUGAAGUAUGCGAGGGACUACGAUGGCCAUGGCUGGACUACGACGAGGCGGGAGGCGAAGGGGCGCGCGGGCUGUGGGCUGUAGCUCAGGGGUUGGAACCCGCAAAAGAGAUGGGGGCAGCAGCCACCCUCCACUAGCUCGGCCCAAAGGACCCAGAAAAAGACCACCCCUCCCCCCACUGCACCCUUGACCCCUCCCCCUCUUUCCAGGCCUUUCAUCCGCCCGCCCGCGGGGCAGUCCGCUGCCCCCAGGCCUCGCACUGCCUGCCUCUUUCCACAACCCAGUGGAGGGGCGAGGGUAGGCCCAGGGCGACCCCGCGAAGCCCUCCGCCCGGCGAGAACCCCAACCCCCGGCCCCUCCGGCCGCGCCCCUCCCUUUCAUAUAACGCACCUGCGGCCCCGCCCCCGGCCAAACGCUGAGGCGGCUGCGGGGCUGGUGAGGCCGGGCGGCUUGGCCCUCCAGGCACAGUCACCUUCCCUUCCCCCGCCAUUCCGCCCACCCCCCUAGCUCAGCAACCGAGCUGCCGCCGCGCUCCUCAGCCGCCCCGAAAUCUAAAGGGGUCCGUCUCCGGUACCACAACCAAAUGGCUGAGCCUCCCUGGCCGGCUGCGCAGCCCGCCCAUUGGUCCCUUCCCCCCCGCCUCCGCCACCAUUCGUUGUUGCCCGGAGACCCUCGGCGGCGAUUGGCUAAGGCCGCUGCCACUCGUCCGCGGAGCCGCCGAUCCCGCCUCCACGGUGAUCAGGUUAGUGUGCGCCGCGGGUGCUGGGGGCUCGAGAACCGAGCGGAGCUGGUUGAGCCUUCAAAGUCCUAAAACGCGCGGCCGUGGGUUCGGGGUUUAUUGAUUGAAUUCCGCCGGCGCGGGAGCCUCUGCAGAGAGAGAGCGCGAGAGAUGGAGAUGGACAAACGGAUUCAUUUAGAGCUGCGGAACAGGACGCCCUCUGAUGUGAAAGAGCUCGUCCUGGACAAUUGUCGGUCAAAUGAAGGCAAGAUUGAAGGCCUCACAGAUGAAUUUGAAGAACUGGAGUUCUUGAGUACAAUCAAUGUAGGCCUCACCUCAGUCGCAAACUUACCAAAGUUAAACAAACUUAAGAAGCUUGAACUAAGUGAUAACAGAAUCUCAGGGGGCCUGGAAGUAUUGGCAGAAAAGUGUCCGAACCUCACACAUCUAAAUUUAAGUGGCAACAAAAUUAAAGACCUCAGCACAGUAGAGCCACUGAAAAAGUUAGAAAACCUCAAGAGCUUAGACCUUUUCAAUUGCGAGGUGACCAACCUGAAUGACUACCGAGAAAACGUGUUCAAGCUCCUUCCACAGCUCACGUAUCUCGAUGGCUACGACCGGGACGACAAGGAGGCCUCUGACUCAGACGCUGAGGGCUACGUGGAGGGCCUGGACGACGACGAGGAGGAUGAGGAUGAGGAAGAGUAUGAUGAAGAUGCUCAGGUAGUGGAAGACGAGGAGGAUGAGGAGGAGGAGGAGGAAGGUGAAGAGGAGGAUGUGAGUGGAGAGGAAGAGGAGGAUGAGGAAGGUUAUAACGAUGGGGAAGUAGACGAUGAAGAAGAUGAAGAGGAGCCUGGUGAAGAAGAAAGGGGUCAGAAGCGAAAACGAGAACCUGAAGACGAGGGAGAAGAUGAUGACUAAGUGGAAUAACCUAUUUUGAAAAAUUCCUAUUGUGAUUUGACUGUUUUUACCCUUACCCCCCCAAAUCCUGCCCCCUGAAACUUAUUUUUUUCUGAUUGUAACGUUGCUGUGGGAACGAGAGGGGAAACGUGUACUGGGGGUUGUGGGGGGAGGGAGGGUGGGAGGGGGUGGAAUAAAAUACUAUUUUUACUGCCACUCUUUAUUUUUUUUCCCCUACUUUUUCUUUGUGUCUGGUUUUGUCCCUGUAAAUGCGAUAGCUGAGUACCCACAAGUGAGCGUUUGUUCUGUGCCCUCAGAGAGGAUGGUUGGAGAUCUCUUACCUUUCUUGGUAUUUCUGAGUCUCUUGAGUUGGAAGGCCAUGGCUGGCCUCAGUUUGGUUUCUCAAAGCCCAGGAGGGGCUGAGCACCAGCCGCAUCUUACCUCUUGUUCUGGUUCCCAUGAUUUCUGAAUUUCUUGGACUUGCUAGAAGCAGUCAGCGCCCUGGUUUGUAAAUAGCAACCUGAAGGCGUAUUUUGGCACCGGUCGGGGGACCCUUCCCGUCUCCCAUCCCCUUUCCCUCUUUGCAGAUGGUGGUGGGCUUCGCUCUCCGAAGAAGACCCUGAUGUCACUCUUGAGUUGAUGAGCCAGAGAGCUGAGGACAGCAGGCUUCUGAGUUAGGAGUAAAAUGGAUUUGGUAAUUAGAAUCAAAUGAGAAGAAGCAAACCCUCAAACUUCAACCUCUGAUAUUUUUUAAAAAGCUGUCCUAUAUCUUGUUCUGUAAAAUAGUAGAACGCUUUGUUUUACAAAAUGACAAGAGAAUUCUUGUACGUGUCCUCCUGUGCUUAGACCAUUUUUACAAACCUAAGCACAGGAGACGCUGCUGCAUGUCAGCUGGGUUUCGUUUUUGUUUUUUUCUUUUUUUUUUCAUACACCUGAGCACGGAAAAACUAACGCAAAAUUGUAUUUUCUUACCUAGUGGAAACCUGAAAUGACUGCAAAUUCCUAGUGAAUGUACAGGUUUGCUUUCCUGUCCCUCUUCUGGAUUGCUUUUGAAGUGACGUGCGAUUUCCCUAGCCCGUGUUUCAUCUGUAUAAAAGACAUCUGCACCAGUUUUCCUCCCCCUCAGAAGAGCCAAACUUUGAGUUUUAUGUCUGUUUGUCAUUGAUAAAUUUCAAUAAAUCUUUUUAUACAAUUU